AUGAACUAUAAACGGGUUUCCCUCAGGCCAAUUCAUGGAAACCUAGCUUUGAAAUUUCUCAAUUGGGUAAUCAAACAACCUACUUUUCAACAACUCAAGAAUCUCACGUAUGUUUACUGUAUAAUUGUUCUUAUAAUAGUGAAAGCAAGAAUGUAUGCCUCUGCUAAAUCAAUUUUUACACAAUCAUCUGACAUGGGUAUCGAUUCAAACUCCAUUUUUGCUGCUUUGAUGGAUACUUACCCUCUUUGCAACUCAAAUCCUACAAUACUUUGCUUAGUUUGUAUUUCAAAAAGGGAAGAUGGGUGUUUGGUAUUUGACAGGGGAAUUCAUGGGUAUUUGUUUCUUGUGUUCUUGACUGGCAACGAAUGCAGAUGUGUGUUGACGAUUCAAUUGACGUUUGUUUUUGUCGUUGAUGGUAGUUCAAGUGAGGAUGAACUUCAAGCACUUAAGAAUGAGUUGUUGUUGAUUCUAUUAGAAUUUAUUUUAUAUAGAUGUUUUGAAGAGGCUAAUAUUGAUGUGGAGAAGGAAGAAAACAUAGAGAACGAGAGUGUAUUAUUCCAUAAUGUGUUAUGCUACAACGUAUAA